AAUAAAAAAAGGGCAUGAGGAGUGACGCACGGGAACGUCACGGGAAUUCCCCCCCUCGGGGGGCCGAAAGGGGCUUUCCCGGCUGGAGCCCAGCGCUGUAGAGCAGCGGCUACCGGUCCGGGGCAGGGCUCGGAAAGAAGUCGGAACCAGAGCCGCCACCACGGCGGGCGUCUGAAACUCUGGGAAGCCGAACAAGGGCCCGAAGCCGCCAGCCACAGUCGGGCCUAGCCCAGAGACAUGGACAGUUGCUACGGCCCAGGUGUGGAUGGCAUCCCUGACUAUGAUGAUUUUGAAUUCAGCCCCUCCAUUGUGGAGCCCAAGGAUCCAGCCCCAGAGACAGCUGAUGGCCCCUAUCUGGUGAUUGUGGAGCAACCCAAGCAGCGAGGCUUCAGAUUUCGAUAUGGAUGUGAAGGCCCCUCCCACGGAGGCCUCCCGGGUGCCUCCAGUGAAAAGGGCCGCAAGACCUAUCCUACUGUCAAGAUCUGUAACUAUGAGGGACCGGCCAAGAUCGAAGUGGACCUGGUAACACACAGUGACCCACCUCGUGCGCACGCCCACAGCCUGGUGGGCAAGCAGUGCUCAGAGCUGGGGGUCUGUGCUGUGUCUGUAGGACCCAAGGACAUGACUGCUCAAUUUAAUAAUCUGGGGGUCCUGCAUGUGACCAAGAAGAACAUGAUGGAGAUCAUGAUCCAGAAACUUCAAAGGCAGAGGCUUCGCUCCAAGCCCCAGGGCCUUACAGAGGCUGAGCGGCGGGAGCUAGAGCAGGAGGCCAAGGAACUGAAAAAAGUGAUGGAUCUGAGUAUUGUCCGGCUGCGCUUCUCUGCUUUCCUUCGCGCUAGCGAUGGCUCCUUCACUUUGCCCCUGAAGCCCGUUAUCUCCCAGCCCAUCCAUGACAGCAAGUCUCCAGGGGCCUCAAACCUGAAGAUUUCCCGGAUGGACAAAACAGCCGGUUCUGUGCGCGGUGGUGACGAAGUUUAUUUGCUUUGUGAUAAGGUGCAGAAAGAUGACAUUGAGGUUCGGUUCUACGAGGAUGACGAGAACGGAUGGCAAGCCUUUGGGGACUUCUCUCCCACAGACGUUCAUAAACAGUAUGCCAUCGUGUUCCGAACACCGCCCUAUCACAAGAUGAAGAUAGAGAGGCCUGUAACGGUGUUCCUGCAGCUAAAACGCAAACGUGGCGGGGACGUCUCCGACUCCAAACAGUUCACCUAUUACCCUCUGGUGGAAGACAAGGAGGAAGUGCAGCGGAAGCGGAGGAAGGCCUUGCCCACCUUCUCCCAGCCCUUCGGGGGCGGAUCUCACAUGGGUGGGGGCUCUGGGGGCUCCGCUGGGGGUUAUGGAGGCGCUGGAGGUGGUAGCCUCGGCUUUUUCCCCUCUUUGGCCUACAACCCCUACCAGUCCGGCGCGGCCCCAAUGGGCGGCUACUUGGGUGGAGGGGGCGGAGCACAGAUGGCCGGCUCUGGGCGGGGCGUGGAUGCUGGGGAGGUGGCGGAAGAGCCGAAGGCGCCCCCUGAGGUCCCCCGGGGCGAAUCGCAGGCCCUGGAGGCGCUGCAGCAAGCUCGCGAGUACAACGCGCGCCUGUUCGGUCUGGCGCUGCGCAGCGCCCGAGCGUUGCUGGACUACGGCGUCACCGCGGACGCGCGCGCUCUGCUGGCCGGACAGCGCCACCUGCUGACGGCCCAGGACGAGAACGGAGACACGCCGCUGCACCUGGCCAUUAUCCACGGGCAGACUGGUGUCAUUGAGCAGAUAGCCCAUGUCAUCUACCAUGCCCAGUACCUUGGGGUCAUCAACCUCACUAACCACCUGCACCAGACACCUCUACACCUAGCAGUAAUCACUGGGCAGACAAGGGUGGUGAGCUUCCUGCUGCAGGUGGGUGCAGACCCCACACUGCUGGACCGGCAUGGAGACUCAGCUGUGCACCUGGCUCUCCGGGCAGGUGCUGAAGCCCCAGACCUGUUGCGGGCACUGUUACAUAGUGGGACCCGCGCUGUGCCCCAAAUAUUGCACAUGCCUGAUUUCGCGGGACUGUAUCCAGUACACCUGGCAGUUCACGCCCGGAGCCCCGAGUGCCUGGACCUGCUAGUUGACAGUGGAGCCGAAGUGGAGACAGCAGAGAGGCAAGGAGGCAGAACACCCCUGCAUCUAGCCACAGAGAUGGAGGAGCUGGGAUUGGUCACCCAUCUGGUUACCAAGCUCCAUGCCAAUGUGAACGCCCGGACAUUUGCUGGAAACACACCCCUCCACCUGGCAGCUGGACUCGGAUCCCCAACCCUCACUCGCCUUCUCCUAAAGGCUGGUGCUGACAUCCAUGCAGAGAAUGAGGAGCCUCUGUACCCUCCGUCCUCACCCCCUACCUCUGGGAGUGACUCUGAUUCUGAGGAGCCAGAGAGGGACACCCAAAGGAACUUCCGGGGUCACACACCUCUUGACCUCACUUGCAGCAUCAAGGUGAAGACUCUGCUGCUAAAUGCUGCUCAGAACACCACGGAGCCGCCCCUGGCCCCACCCAGCCCUGCAGGGCCAGGGCUGUCACUGGGAGAUGCAACCCUGCAGAACCUGGAGCAGCUGCUAGACGGGCCGGAAGCCCAGGGCAGCUGGGCAGAACUGGCAGAGCGACUGGGGCUGCGAAGUCUGGUGGAUACAUACAGGAGGACCCCCUCGCCCAGUGGCAGCCUCCUGCGUAGUUACAAGCUGGCUGGCGGGGACUUGGUGGGUCUGCUGGAGGCCUUGAAGGACAUGGGUCUGCACGAGGGAGUGAGACUGCUGAGCGGUCCUGAGACCCGAGACAAACUGCCCAGCACAGAGGCAAAAGAAGACAGUGCCUAUGGGAGCCAGUCGGUGGAGCAGGAGGCAGAGAAGCUGUGUCCACCCCCAGAGCCGCCAGGAGGCCUCUGCCACGGGCACCCCCAGCCCCAGGUGCACUGACUGCUGCCUGGCUAACUUCCUCCACCUGCACCCUCUGUACAGCAUCCCUGCCUAGUCGAGAUCUUAUUUAACACCUCAAGCCCACAGCUCAGUGGGCCGAAUAAAGGAUUCCUAUGGGAACGGGGAGGCCCUUUCCCAACUUGGCAACCCCAGAGUGACGCCCAUCCCUGUCCCUGAGUGAGAGGAGAGGAGUCCCAGCCAGCAAUUCAGAGCAGUUUUAAUGAGGGUGGAGGCUAUACAAAGGGCAGGGCCCACCAAAGGAAGGAAGCAGGCCAUGCCACCCCGGCCUGUGGAUGCCCUUCCUCUGUCUCUGUGGAGAGAGAGGCGAGCCCUUGGGGGGGAAGAGGGG